UUCCAGGAAAUGAUUUGGCGGGGGGAAUCUUCCUCCCGCUUCCUCCUCCUAGUUCUUCUUCUUCUCUUGAACAUGUCACAUAUGCAAUUAUUGGAGCGAGUGCGCCUUUCGUUCCACUUGGCGACAAUAUUAUCGGGAGGACGCCAUGUUUUGCGCGAAGCAAUUGUGCCACCUGGCGGCCAUUUGUGCGUGUUGAGGGCAAGUGGGCCAGCGCGUGAUCGGCUCGUGGACGCGUUCAGCUGAUUUGGACACGCGCGCUCCGGACUGGAAACUUUAGUCAAACGCGCUCGUGGGGUAUUUGGUCCCAUUUUGGACGGCAGUUUGCUUUUGUAAUGAACUACUUUGAAUUUGGAUCCAUUUAUGCACGCACACGACGUAACGAACAAAGCGAAGACCUGGAAAACAGCAGGGGGCGCUGCUGCCUCCUCAGGCGUCACCAUGCAAGAAGAAGAAGGAGGAGGAGGGGGAGGGGGAGGGGGAAGGGGAGGCAGCUGCCCCGUCAUCCAGCGUGUCCUCCCGCCCCCUCCCCCGUGGAGUGGAGCGCCACACCCUGCCGGCCAAUCACAGUGCGGUCCCGCCCUCUCCAUCACGUACUCUUCACUUUCCACGGCAACCGGAGGCCCCCCGUCUCCCUCUCCUCCUCCUCCUCCCUUCCUCUCCUCUUCUUGCUCUCUUUUCCUCCACUUGUGUUUCCCGUCCAAAAGGUGCCGCAUCAUCGCUUAACUUAGCAUUAGCAUUGUGGCUGCUAGCGCCGGCCGCAGUGGGACCGUCCCGACCCGCCGCCGCACUCCCUCCGUCCUUCCUCCAUCCGUCCUCCGUCCCUCCAUCAUCCUCCGUCCGUCCGUCCGUCCUUCCGGCCGCAGAGGAGCGUUCGUCCGUCGCUCGCUCGCAGUAAACGCAGGCGGAGCGGCAGAUGCGGCUCCGCCCGUGAACGCCGGUGUCGAUCGUCUCUUCCUCGCUCUCCUCUUCAUCACCAUGAGCGCGGUGACCUCGUCGCCUCUGAGCCCCGCGCCGCCGUCGCCCACGCUCACCGCGGCCACGCCCGCUCCGGACCGGCGGGGGGCGUCGUCGGCGGACGCCGCCCUCAGGUCCAAUCAGAAGCCUCCGCCGGUGCACACGGGCGCCGAUUGGCAGGUGCUGCUUCACCUCCCGCAAAUGGAGGCGUGGCUCCGUGCCAGCGGCGCCAGGGUGACGCAACUGACGCACUCGGCGGCGCAAGACGGCGCCGGCAGACACGUGGACGCGCACCUGUUGCAGCUCAAGGACAUCUGCGAGGACAUCUCCGACCAUGUGGAGCAGAUCCACGCUCUUCUGGAGACCGAGUUCUCCCUCAAGCUUCUGUCCUACUCCGUCAACAUCAUAGUGGACAUCAGGACGGUGCAGCUCCUGUGGCACCAGCUGAGGGUUUCGGUUCUGGUUCUGAAGGAGCGUCUUCUUCAGGGUCUGCAGGACCCCAACGGAAACUUCACCAGGCAGACCGACAUCUUGCAGGCCUUCAGCCGGGACCGGGACCGCCGGCACCAGACUCGUCGUCUCGACGCCCUGACCGAGGUCGACGAUUGCGGUCAGCUGACCAUUCGCUGCAGUCAGGACUAUUUCUCUCUGGACUGCGGCAUCACGGCCUUCGAACUGAGCGACUACAGUCCCGGUGACGAGCCCCAGACCCGGGAAAACCGGAGCCUCGGCGAGGACGCCUCUCAGGAGCCGGAGAAGGUCCAGGAGGCGGACUCGGAAAAGAUCGACGUCCAGAACGCUUCACCUAAACUUGUGAUACCCGACGGCUCGUUAAGCCACCCCCACCCCGUCUCAGGAGAAAGCAAAUCGACCAAUCACAGCGAGGCUGCAAAGCGUUCUCUGCCGGGCGACGACCGGAACACGGAGCCGUCGCUCCCGAAAAGAGUCGCUCUGAUCUCGUACGAGGUGGAGGACGCCGGGGGGGUCUCAGAGACCAAACUCGGCGACAGCACCGCCGCCGACCUCGCGGAUCCCCUCAUGGAUCCGCUUACGGAUCUCCCAGACCGCUCCAAGUUCUGGUUGGAGCUGGACUCUGUUUUGUCUGGAAAAGACAUCCACAAGGUCAUCGAUAGUCACGAUGUCCAGAGAGGUCACACGAUGACGAACGGAAGUUCUUUGGAACCCUCCCCGCCUCCGCGGGUUGUGGCGUCCCAGAGAGACCGAGCGGACAUUUGGCCUCACAGCGACGGUGACUCGGACUCCUCGGCGCCGUCCCCCGUCAGGGAUCAGGUCCUGUCGUCUGACCUGGAGGCCAGCGGGGAGGAGUCAGACCCCAGACCGCCUCCCUGCAAGAUUCCGUCCUGGCUGGUGAAACAGAAAGAACGCAAGCAGGACUUUCAGGCAUCUUCAGAGGCCAGUGCAGACCGGGUGCACUGGUACGGGUCUGAGGAGUUCCUGGCGCUUCCUGCUCAGAUCCACAAGAGCGAGAUUCUGGCCAUCAACCUGGAUAGUCUGGCCCAUGCGAUGAGAGCUGGUGGCGAGGACGUUAGCCAUGAUGCUUUGCAGGACGUGGAUGACUGGGAUUUGACUGAGCUGAAGCAGGACAACUGGGAUUCUCCUGAGAGCGGCGACGACAUUCCUUCGCCACCGUUUGGUCCAAUCAGGCGAAACCUCCUGGGCCGCGUUAGCCCCGCCUCCUCCAGCGACAUAGCUCCCUCAUUGGACGACGAAAGCGUCGAAUCCGGCCAGCUGAGCGAGCUUCUGUCUGAAGAAGAGGGUCGCCUCCUUGGGCCUGCGGCGCCCCCGGCGGACGGACGCGGAAGCGCGUCUCCGGUCCGGCGGCUUCUCGACGACAUCGGCCAGGACGGAGACCCUGACGUGUGGAACAAGAUGGCGGAGUUCGUGCAGCAGCUGGACGGAUUCAUCGGCUGGAUGCAGGGGGCGCUGGAGAGCACGCGGGCCUGGACGCCGCCGCCGACCGCCCGCUUGGACGCGCUCCACGACUUCCUGGACACGCACCUGACGUUCAAACUAAACGUGGACAGUCGCGGCGCUCUGAAAGAGAGCAUCAUGGAGGACGGCACGGCGCUUCUCGCCAUCAUACCCGCCCACCAAUCAGGUCUGCGCGACAUCCUGGAGAUGGUCUCCGGCCAAUGGGAGCAGCUUCAGCUUCAGAUCCGCCGCCAACACGCGUGGAUGCUCCGCGCCCUGCGCCUGGUCCGGACACGCCUCCUCCCGCACGCCGGCCAAUCGCGGCUGCCCGACCGCCCCCAGGCGGAGCUGCCGUCCGGUCGCCAUGACGCCCAGCGAGCCCACAAACUGAAAAGCCUGCAAUACGCCUCCGCAGCCAACAGGGACCGCUACGCACACAGCAACAGCCUGCAGGACUUUGAGCGCGCGUACGAGGAGCUCUGGGAUCGGCUGACGGACGCGGACGCCGCGGCGGCGACGUCGGACGAGCGGAGACGACGCCUGUUGGAGGGCAGCCGCAGCGAACUGAUGGCGAUGGAGGAGAAGAAGACGAGUCUCCUUUGUCAAGUCGAGUCGCUGAAGAGGAGCUCGACGCAACUGCCGGAAAGUUUACAGCAGAAAGUACAACAGCUCACACACAAGUGGACGCAGCUGGAGAACCUUCUCUCCGGACACUCCCCCGCCGCGGCGCCGGCGCCGGCGGACUGGGCCGUCCCGGAGCGGCUGCGGGCCAGCGUGGAGGAGCUGAAGGCGUGGCUGCGACACACCGAGCUGCUCAUCUUCAACUCGUGCCUGCGACCAAGACAAGAUGACGACGCCCACCAGCAGCUGGACAGCUUCAAGAGCUUGUGUUCGGACGUGCGAGCCCGACGACGCCGAGUCUCCCGGCUUCUGAAACUUUGCCAGAAGCUUCUCCGGCAGAACCAGUCGGGCCCCGAGGCGGAGCGGCGCCGCGACGCCCUGCGGCCGCUGAGCGUCAACCUGGAGCGCAGGUGGGAGGCCGUCGUCAUGCAGACGCUGCAGUGGCAGAAGCGACUCAAGAAGGAGCUGGGGGACGGCGAGGUGGGCACGCUUCAGGUCCCGGGGAACUUUCUGGAAGCGGACCUGGCGGACCUCCAGCGGCCGAACCCCGACCGAGCUCCCCCGACGGCCUCGCCUCCGGACGACUCGUGGGAAUGGGACGAGACCGACAUGACGGCGGGGGAAGCUCCGGAAGUGCCGGAACCCGACCUGACGCACGACCUCCCCUGCCGCGACUCCAGCCUCCGUCCUCGGAGCGCUCCUCGGGCGCUUCCGGCCGUCUACCAGGCGUACGGCCUCCACGCGGUGGAGUUCCACACGGCCCCGGAGCUUCCCCGCGCAUCCUCCGAGGCGACCGCGAGGAAGCGGCAGGUGUUCCGGAAGUGCCUGAGUAAGGACUCCACUUUCUCCUCCAUGGAGUCCCUCCCGGACCUCCUGGGCGGGCUGACGCCCGGCGAGCGAGGCGCCGCCCGGCGCUCCGAGAGCGAGAGCGGAAUCGCUAGCGACGCGGGAGACGCCGAGAUGAUUUUGUGCCGUGGAAUCCUCGCCAACGAGGACGCGGCCACUGCGAUGCCGCUCAAAGAGGACCAAAGAGGGCCCGGAGUCCAAAGAGCCUCGGGAACCACGGAAGAAGUAGACGAGCUCUUUAGCCUCAGGAAAGGAGGUAGCCAGGAUCUUGAGAUCCCGGAGAAGGAUCAGGAGCAAUCGGACCAAAGUGCACCCAAGUUUCUUCUGAGGCACGGUUUGAAUAAACUUCCCAGCAGUCCCGUCUUAUCUCCGGGGUCUUCUCUGGAGUCCCUCCUGUCUCUGGGCUUGGACCUGUUUCCCUCCAAAGAUCACCUCCACCGCAGCGCCUCCCUGGAAAGCGGCCUGUUGGAGCUGGACCUGUGCCGGACCAGAGACGAGGACCGUGAUGGUCCACAAGACCAGAAGUGUGGGGGAGGGCAAGGAGAGCUGUCCUCCGGGGAGCUGAGCAGGAGAACUUUGGAUCUCCUCAAGCGUCUGGAGAACAUUCAGACUCCCGCGGCCGCCAAGAUGACUCGCAGCGUGUCGGACAUGACGCUCCGAAGCAGAUCUUCUCUCGGCCGGCGCCCGGCUGCUUGGUCUUCGCCGGGCGGCCGACGUCGGCGAGGUUCCCACGAGGCUUUACCGUCGCUCGUCCGGGAGAGCUCGCCGUCGCUCGCCGAGCUGAGCGGCGCCGAAGAGUCCUCCGUGGGUUCCGAAGACCUCCCCGUGCUCCCCGAACGCGGGAACCCCCUUCCGGACCGGGCCUCGGCACGGGGCGGCGAGCGGACCUCCUCCGCGAGGUCCUGCGAGAGGAGCGGCCGCCGAGAGGAGGCGGACGCCGUCAGCUUGAGCAUGGUGGUCAACGUCUCCUGCGCCUCCGCCUGCACCGACGACGAGGACGACGGCGACCUCCUGUCCUCCUCCACCCUCACCCUCACCGAGGAGGAGAUGGGAGUCCAGGAGGAGGAGGAGGAGGAGAGGCUGACGGACUCCUCGUCCGGGAAUGAGGACGAGGCGGCCGUGGAGGAGCCCUACGUGCUGGGCUCGGACUACAUGAAGACGGAGCUCCAGGCUUGGAUACGACCUCCUCGCGCCUCCUCAGAGACUGAAGUUGGCCUUUGUGAUGAACUUCGCUGUGGGACCAAACCGGAGCAGGAACACCUUCUGAACUCGACCGAGCUAGACCAGCAGCUGCAACGGAAGGAGGAGAACGGGAGGGACGUCGCGAGGAGCUUCAUCAGCCAGUUUGCCGACGAUGUGGAGAACGGGAACGUGGAGCGGAGCGGCUCGAAAGGCAAAGAUGAGGACGACCGGCUUCUGCGAGAGGAAUCCGGCGUGUUCACCAAGAGAGGAGAAGCUCUCGACAAGAAAGGAGAACCUCACACCAGCAGAGGAGAGCUUCUCAGGGAGUCCUUCACCUUCUCCAAAGUCAAAGAGGACAUAAACUCGCCAAAUGGGUUUCCCUCUUCGCCGUCCUGUGAGUUCCUGCCGCCCGCCGGCGCCUCCUCCUUAGUGGGCCAGCUGAAGGGGGAGUUACCCUGCCAGAGCGCCUCCCCCACGACCAAGGAGGGGCGGCGGUCCUGCGACAGGAAGGCCAUCACCAUCCAGGAGAAGCUCAAGUUCUCCUCGCUGGUGACGGAGCAGAGCAGGAGCCAGCUCCGGGACAAACAUUCCUGCCUGCCCACCAAAAAGUGGAAAAGUUCUGAUGGCGGCUCGUGCCGCCGGCACCUCGUCCCGUCGCCCCCCACGGCCCGCACCGAGCAGGCCGUGCGUGACUUUGUCAUGGAGAUCCUGGACUUGACUUCAGAGGCCCGCCGGAGCAAAGAGGCUCUCGGACGAGAGCCGACGCCCGACGCCGAGAUAAGCCCCGCCUCCUUCAAGCACAUCAGACACAAGGUGGCGCAACAUUCCCAUCGGCCCUUGCAUCUGUCCCGAGGCGACUUCUACGCCUACUUGUCGCUCUCGUCCCACGACAGCGACUGCGGCGAAGUGGCUCAGCACGCCGAUGACGAGAGCGCCGCGCCCGUCGCCGCCGCCCAUGCUGAUCGCCGUGACGACAACGAUGUUUGCACUCUGGACUUCAAGUCACCUGACCGCCCCGUCCCCUCGCCGCCGCCCAGCCCGGACGUCCGUGACGAGGAGACGCUCUUCCCCGCCUGCACCGAGGAGGUGUACCCGGGCCCGCCGCUCUGCUACAACGUGCCGCCCGGCAAGAAAACCCCAAAGAUCUUCCAAGCCAACGCUCUGCAACCUUUCCCGAACGAGGAGGCCCGUCUCGCAGACCCCGAGGAGGUCCGGAGUGUCGUGUCCGCCACGCCGGAACCUCCUUACGGCUCCUCCGCUGUCGACUUUCCACCGGCGCAGGAGACGCCCGAGAUCUCCGAGGCCGAGGGCCCGCAAACCUCGCAGGGUUCCUGUCUCGAGGGGAAGACACUCGAGGAGGUCCGGAGCGUCGUCUCGGCCGUUCCGGAGUUUCCCUCCGGCUCGUUCUCCGCGGCCGGCGAGGCUUCGGGAGAAGCGAGGCGGGGAGGGGCCUCGCUCCUCGGGGGCUGCGACGUGUCAGGGCAGCGGGAGGAGGCGCCUAGUAAUGAGGCUCCUUCUUAUCUUAAUCCCCGGGCGCGUGUCGCCCCGAUAGACUCCUCGCCUGCCCAGUGUUCGGCAGAUACUAAAACGCUUCAAUCCAAUAUUGGCGCCGUAAUGACCAAGAUAAGUGUCGGCGGCUCCGCGACAAAUCCCUCAAAAGAGCCGCCCGCCUCCGCCACGCGUAUUAAUCCCAAAAUUAACUACAGGCCGAUCAAAGAGGCUGAUAGGGCGGCGGCGGCGGCGGCGGCGGGGAGGCGAGGGGCGGCCGACGCUCGCGGCGCCAAACGGCCCGAAGACAGGACGGCGGGGCGCAGGCGAUGGGAAUUGAAAUCGACCGCGCCGACGGCGGCGGUGAAGAAGAAGCAGGUCAGCGCUGUCAAUCGAGACGCCAAGGCCGCACAGGGGCGGAGCCAAGUCUCGGUCCGGCCAAUCAGAACUGGACCCGCGAGAGCUGCAACUUUGAUGUGUGACUGCUGAACGACAACUUCAAGAGGAAAAUGGGAACAGAAGAAAGAAACGGAGAAGAAAGCGGGAGCACGAGCAAGUUGAAGGAGAAGGUUUGAGGAGAAGAUCCGAGCUUGAACGUCACAACCAGCAAGCUGACAAACGGAUACCCCGCUCACUUGUGGUUUUUUUAGUUUGUUUGUUUUGGGGGGCGGGGUUGGAACAACAUUUCCCGAAUAGCGGGGGUCUACCGCAAUUGCCAUGGAUUUUUUUUUUUUUUUUUUAUGAAUAAGUUAAAAAAAAAAAAAAAAAAGCGCAAGCAAGCAGGAAAUGGGGGGGAAAUGUACAUCAAAUAAGCGGGGCUUCGCGCAAAUAACGGGGCAUUGGUUCCCAGAAAAUCCGUAAAAAGGUGACUACGCAAAGGCCAAACCGCAAAUAAGCGGGGGGCGGCCCGCUAUUCGUGGGGUACCCGGCCCCACUGCGAACAGCAAAAAUGCCGAAAUAAUUAACACUCAUUGUAAUUACUUUUCCUGGGGGGGGGGGGAACAGGAAUAAACAGAGGGAUCCAGUCAAAAAAACACAAAUAAGCGGCGAUGUUUGUGAAUACCGUGGCAAAUAUCUCCGAAUAAUUAACGCGAAUAAAAAAAAAAUUUAAAUACAGAAAUAAAGGGAUAACUGUGGGAUCAGAUCCAAAAAGGUGCGAAUAAGCGAGAGGUUGCAUGCAUAACACGGCCCCAUAAAGAAGUCCAAAAAAAAACGGAUUAAGUGGGAUUUUCCGCAAAUAAUAGGAGAUAGCAGAAAUCUGCCAAUAAUCAAAUGACCAUGAAAAAAAGGUGUCGUUGUUCCCCUGAAAUCAUACAAAUGAGUGAUUGAGGAAAAACAAAACAAAAACAUGACUAAGCGGGUGUUUCCGCGAUUAACGCAGGUUAGGUUUUAAUAAUUAAUGAGAAUUAUGAUUGUCGUGAAGAUAGCUUUUUUUGUUUUUGUUUUUGUUUUUUUUUAAAUCCUGAAAGGGAAAGAAAGAAAUACAGUGAAUAAGCGAAUAACGGGGCAAAGUCCCCCCCAAAAAUCCACAAAUGGCGAACGGCGACUAUGCGAUGAACGCGGAUCCAUUCGGGGAAAUGAACGGCCGAGUCACACCUACCACUUGUUUGCUACCAACAGUGAGCGGAUGUUCGAAAACCGAGACAAAAUUUAAACGGAAAAAGUCAGCGAAACCUGAAUCGAACGAAAACGCAAGUUUCACGCUUCGAUUGCUGAAUGGCGAAUAAGGUUUGAGUUUAUUUGUGCCUUGUUUAAGAUGACAUCUUCUACCUUUUUAGCCGUCACGAUGAUGAUGAUGAUGAUGCUGAUGAUGAUGAUGAGGCCCAACUUGUGUACAUUUGUAAAGGCGGAAUGCUACUCGUGUGUGCGUUUGUGUGUUCUCGUGUGCGUGUGUUUGUUGCUGCAUGUUUCCACACUGGGAGAUCAUAAAACUCCCGCCAGCCAGCUGACGAAUAAACGUUAUUAAUCGGCCGAUUUUUUUGGGGGGGUCUUUUUUUGACCCGUGAAAAGAAUGUCAAUUUGCUCUAAUUGAGAGGAGGAAGAAUCUGAUGUUGUUGUUGAAAUGUCUGGUGGCAUCUCAUCUGCGGAGAGGCAUGCUUGGCUACACGAGGAAAUGAAUAAAAAUCAAAAUGAUCCUCA